CUCGCCACAAGCAGCCGCAGCCGUCGAGUGCUCCAGAGCGCCAUGUCACGCGCAGCCGCCCUCCUGCUCCAGCUGCUGCUGGGGUGCGCCGCCCUCGCCACCACCGGCGUGAUGGCGCAGGCCCUGGUCCCCGGAGUGCUCCCAGCAGAGACGCCUCCCCCGUCGCCCCCCAGCACGCCCCCGCCUCUCACGCCUCCGCCGUCGCAGUCGACGUCACCGGACGCUUCUCCAUCUGACUCCAUGACCACAACGACAACCACAAGCGCAGUCACAACCACCACGGCUGGCGCAAUAGCCAGCUCCACGGAGGCGCCGACGUCACGAGAUCCGGGCGCCGGGCGAGCGUUGGGCGCCGGUGCGGGAGUCAACAUGAGCGACGCCAGCGCUGCCAACAUGACCACCUCGCUGCAGGACCUGUCUCUCGACGACAUCGACACCUCUAUGCUCACCACCACGGUGACGGCAACAGCAACCGCAGUGGGAGAGUGCCCGCCAGGUGGAGGCAACUUCAGCCGCGGCUGUGAAGAGACGUGUGAAUGUGCACCAGGCUCCAGCACGCCCUCAUGCCGGCCACGCUGUGCAGGGCCCAUGUUCCGCAGGGGCCGUGCACGCCUUGCAGCCGACCCCCUGUGCGAUGAGAAGCCUGUGGACGACUGCUGCGCUGUACUUGUCUGCCAGGAUUCAGCUGUGGAGCCCCUAGAGAUCUGUCAGUAUGAGAACAUAACUCUACAACGUGGAGAGGUCUACAAAAAUGGCUGUGAGGAAGUCUGUACAUGUGGUGAAGCAGGAAAACUCAACUGUAAACCUAGAUGUCCAUCACCAGUACAUAGGGAGUCAGCAGUGACAGACAAAUGUGUCAUGCUGCCUGAUCCAACUGAUCCCUGUUGCAAAGUGCUUCGCUGUGAUGUCACACUCACAGAAGGUGACUACGAGACCUCAUCUGUCAGUGCCCAGGAUUCAACUUCUGCAAAUCUGCCAAUGAACACAACAACUCCUGUUACAACUAAUUUUACAGGUACAUGUCAAUACAAAGGUAAUAACUAUGAAAUCAAUGAAGAAUUUCAUGAUGGAUGUGAAGCAUUUUGUAUCUGUGAAGCAACAGGUGUACAAUGUGCUCCUAUCCAGUGUCCCACAGAAUUUGGGCUGGACUUAAUAGACCCUCACUGUCUUGAAUGGGACACAUCAGCAUUUGUCCCUAGUCCCCCAUCUUGCUGCCCAUCAGAAGCAAUCUGCAAGAACAAUGGCUCUUGUCUGUAUGAAGGACAACGAUUUGACAACUUCGCACAGAUACCAACAAACCUGACAGGAUGCGAGCAGCACUGUGCAUGUGAAUUUGGAAAUGUUACUUGUCGUCGUGUGUGUGAACCAUUAGGAGACUCGCCACCCCCUGAAUUUAAUUGUCCAGUGCCACCCAUCAUUGGAUUACUGCCUCAUGACAACUGCUGCAGAAGUUGGUUGUGCCCUCAGCCAUCAACAGGGACAGACACUAUGGACAGACUGCUUGGGACAGAACACAGACAUCAUCAGUUAGACAACUCUUCCCAUGUCUCCCCAGAUUCAAAACUUGUUUACCACCCUUCACUUUCCCAGUCACCAUCACAAGAUUUAACUUCAGUAACAACACAGGAAGGUACCCAGUCUUCAGUGUCAAUGCCUAUGGAACAUUUCCAAGAAAAUAUCAGUGAACAAAAACCUCAUGUUUUUCAGGGGCCUUUUGCACCUGAUCAUUUGUCACAGCCUCCUAUGAUGGCCACAAGAAAUAAAUCUCAUGAUGUUCUUGAGUACAUUCCAAAAAGUCCUGUUCUUCCCUUGCAGGAAACUGACUUGGUUGACCACAGACAUAAUGACUUCAUUAGUCACAUGACUUCUAAUGCCAAACAGCUUGGAAGUGCAAUGGAUGGUGGACAGCUUGACUUGGAUGACCAUACUUCUAAUAGCUUUCUGCCCACUGUAACUUAUGGAAAACAUGAAACAAACAUUUUAAACAAUAUCUCAGUUAAAAAUUCAACAGGUUUAACUAAACCUGAUACAACUGACAGUAAAGCUGGAAUGACUUCUACUGGAUUGCCAGGUACAGACUUGCUACUGAAAGAACUUGAUGCUGGACAGAAAAAUUUAACACAACCUGGGCCUGUUUCCAAAAUAAAUGACUCCAAACCCAAAGUAUCAGAACAAAUUUACAUAACUCCUGCACCCUCUCAUGGUGCCUCCAGACCAGUGGUGAAAAACCCUGAACACAAUGACUUCAAAAUUAAACAUUUAGGUUUUCCACAAAUACCUACAGAAUUUCAUCCUCCUGAACAGUACCCAGGCUCUCUAGAGGAACAACUAAUAAGAGAACUUCAACAACAGGGACUUCUUCCUCCAGGUGCUAAGGUACAAGUUUCUCACAAUCCUGUCCACCCACAAGAGGUAUUUUAUCACGUGCCAGGUACCACAAGUAAUGGUGCUGGUUCACAUGAAAUAUUUUUGCAGAACCCUGAUAUUAUAGAUCCACACCAUAGCCAGAAUUUUGCCCAAUCGCCUCCAUACAUCCCAGAUAAAAUACCAGCUCCUCAGAAAGCCUUACUACCACAUACAUUCCAUGGAGAAUGGUUGAGUUCAUCAAAUCCACAGGGAUUUAAUGAUGUUGUUAUUCCAAACACUGCUUCUCAGCAGACAAUUCCUAAAGGUGCAAGAGAACGAGACGCUUUACCAAACACUGCUCCAGACUCCAAUAGAUUUCCGAAUGAUAAACUUGCUUACAUAAACUUAGCACAAAAAUCACAAUCAUCAUCAGCUGAUAUUAUGUCUGAACAUGACAUUUUAGGAAAGAAAUCUACAGGGCAGAAACCAUUCCAACCUAAUCCUCUCCAAAUCCCUGAAGACUUUUUGUACCACAUUCAACAGCAUGCUGCCCCCCAAGCACCCCUUUACAACUCACAGCAGGGGACCAUGGUGUCACCUCACAGUCAUCCUCGUGGUCCUCCGACCACUCCUGAGGAGCUACUGGCGCGUCUGCACCAGCAGGGUCUUCUUUCUGACCCUCGAAACCAUUCAGGAUUUGGGAUAGAUAACCUGCCACCAGGAUUUCCAAGACUACCCUCACAGAAGACAGGUGACAUAACAGUCCAUAUCGUGGAGGCUGUGGAUCCCACAUCAGUCCGGCUUGUGUUUUCUGUACCUCCAGUGUUGGUUGGUUUACAUGGUCGUAUAGAAUUAAGAUAUACAUCUGAUAAAGGGAAUAAUGAUGUGGCCUCAUGGGAACAACAGAUCUUGGCACCACCUGAUGACAUCAUAGCCACACCACAACUGGAAUUUGUACUUGGAGAGCUUCAACCUGACACUGAGUACCAAAUACAGAUUUCAGUCAUGAUGAGAGACAUCCAGAAUGCUCCCCACAGUCCAGUAAUUUCAGUCAGAACACCUCCAGCGUUACCACCUAUAAUAGAGAUAGAUCCUGCUCUUGCUGUAGUUGAACUUAAUGGUACAUGGGUCGAUCUCAGCUGGCGCAGAUUUUCUGAAGAAGAAGCACAGUUCAUAGAUGGUAUUCAGUUGAGGUACAAAGAAGUUAAUGAUAAGGUGUACACAGCAACGCCACUCAUACACCGUUCAGUAACAAAAUAUCGCCUGGAGAAUCUGCGACCAAGCUCACAAUAUGAAAUUGCUAUCUUUUUCAUACCCUUUCAUGGUCAGACCACAGAACUGCAAGCAAGAGAAGGACUACUUGUGUCAACAACAGCCCUCCAUGAUCCAUACUUCUUCGAAUUAAAAGUCGAUGUUUCCCAGCUCAAAGCAACUUCAGUUGAAAUACAAUGGGAUGGCGUCCCUUAUCCACCAGACAAGUAUGUCAACGUAUUUCGUGCUAUAUAUCAGAGUGAUGCUGGCAAAGAAGACUUCAGUACCUUCAAAAUUGUCAAGAGAGAUGCACCACCCAAGGCUAUAAUCCAAGAUCUUAAGCCAGGAACCAGGUAUCGCUUGUGGCUGGAGGCAUACCUGACAAAUGGCAAAAUAAAAAAGAGCAAUGUGAAGGACUUCAUGACAAAACCUGCAUCUGUAGCUCCAGAAGGAAACAGUAUCCAAGGGAAACUAGAAGGAGCACCGGUUACUCCUGUGCAAACAGCGAACAGUUAUUAUAGUCCACUAGUAGCAGUGGCUAUUCUGGCUGCAAUCUCAACACUAGCUGCUGUUAUUCUGUUGUUGGUUCUACUACGGAAGCAUGGUCAAAACAAGGCUGCCAUCUCAGCUGGUCGCAAGUCCCAGUCUGCUUACGACAAUCCUUCUUACAAGGUAGAAAUCCAGCAAGAAACAAUGGACCUGUGACAGUACUGGACCUACAACCAAUGGAAAUUCAGUAACGAGGUCAGAAGCACCAUAAGGAGACAAUGACCUCAAAUAUGAAGACUGAAUGUGAACCACAGCAAAUAUUUGUUGAGUAUGUUCAUAUAUGAUAAGUGAGCGCAAAAUGUUGACAGGAUUCUGUUCAUAACAAAUCUGGAUCCUUUUAGCAAAACUAUUACUUGAACAAUGAUCGAAGUGUCCUAGUGCUAAGUGAACAGAGUCAAGUUUGUGGACAAGAGACAAGAUCUGUUCAUACUGAUACAACUUGCCUUUGAAAUUAUAUUUUCCUGUGCAAUGCUUCCAUCUUUGGUAUUUUAGGAUAUAAUGACUUACAUUUGAGUCUCCACAUGAGGAAGUCUUGAUACAUAAUGCAUUAAGAAUACCAUCUCAAGAUACAAUAUGCAUAACAGGCAUAUCUGAGAGUAUUAUUUUAUAUGCAGAGCUCUUUCGAAAUUAUCAUUCCUAAUUUUAGAAUACUUUGGUUAAUCAGCUAACACCCAAGGCAGUACAGUGCACUUCCUUGCCUGUUCUUCUUUUUCUUUAUGAAUAAGAACACACAUUUACUUCUGUAUAUUCACUCAUUGUAAUAUCAGACCUUAAUAAUAUGCUAUCGGUUUACAGAGCAUAUAUGUAACAUUCAUGGUUAAAACCAUACUGCUGUUUGUGUGGGAGUAGUUUUCAGGUGAGAAUUUAAUUUGAACAUAGUCAAAAAGAACAUGUAUUAAAAUAUUGUACAGCAUUGUGUUGAUAAGUUGUAUAAAAACAUUGAAAGAGAAUUAUAUUGCACUUGCAUUGUAAAUAUGGAGCAGGUAUCAUUCUAUAUUUUUAAAUUAUUGAAAAACUUGAAUUCAAAUAACAUUAUUGUAUGUAUGUAUAUAUGCCUUCCUUCCUGAUUCAAGUAAUCAAUAAUUUUAGCAUGUGAUACAUCCUUGAUCAUUCUCUUCAUACAUGAAAAUCAAGAUAGUUUCCUUCACUGGGUUUUUCGUAGCAGUGUUUAGCACACUUAGAGUAAGAUGUCGAAAAUUAUUAAAAAUUUAAGCAAUUAUUGUUUUCAUUAUUGAUCUUCUAGAAUUCAGAAAUGUUGUCAUCCAUUACUAGAUAUCAAACAUAUACAAAAAGACAAUAUUUCCAUUGGAAAUGAUUCUUUAAGAAAUAUUCAGACAAAAAAAUUGUAUAGUACACAAAUCAGUUGUUUGAAGAUAAACAGUUUAUUUCAGUGCAGAUCAAAGUUAAUGCUAAUUGGUAACCAGAGUAUUUCAUUUGAUAAACAUCAUUAGAAAUACUGGUUAACAAUAAUGUAUAUGAUCUCAAAAUGAAAAAGAAAGAGUAUAAAAAAGAAGCAUUGGAUCUUUAAUCUCUGGGGCAGUUCCACUGAUUGAAUUUUGUCAACAAAACUGUCUCAACUGGCUUAAACAUUACGUUUUCAUAAGCUACGAUUAAUUGAGCAAGUAACAAUUAUUAAAUCACAAAAAUCUGCAACUGUCCUGCUGUAAGCACACAUAGUGCUAAUAGAAAAAAAAACUUUGUUCUGAAUCAAGAAUUUGUAUUACACACUUCCCCCACAGAAUAAUCUCUCCAUUGAUGUGGCAAGAGAAACGAACCAAAAUUGUAGAAAUAUGAAAUCUUUAAACAAUUUUCCUGUUUAUCGUUUAUAUAGGAAGAGUAACACUGUAUAGUCUUACCUACCAUGAGGAGGUCAGAUGGCAAUUUACGAAGAACUUUUGAUGUUAAACAGUAUUUUUGCUAUGUUGCUUGUAUGUUACUAUACUGAAAAUUUUUUUUAUUUAAUCUUAUUUUCAUUUCAUGUGCCAAAGACAAUAAAUCUUCAGUAUCAUCCAUGUGAUCUUAAUCAUUUUACUCAAUAACUUUUUUACUUUCUAUGUGUUUCAUUUAUAAGUGAAGACUAUACAAAAUGUUUAAAUUUAGAUAAUAUUUAAACGAAAAGAAAUCAAUACAUGUCCAUAACUUCUAACAAAUUUGUUUUCUACAUUCAGUUGUGUCAGUCUGUUUAUUGCUCAUAUAUUUAUAGAAGUUUUCAUAGUCUGUAUAUAUUUUGAAAUAAUAAAAUUACUUAAAACAAA